GCGUGACUAAAAUUAGUUAUCGACGUUGUGCGAUAUUCAUAUACACAUCGCUACUGUCGCCGGUUGAUAGACGGAAAAUUUUCAGCAGCUCAACAAAUUUAAGCAAUUGCGUGGCAAUGGCGAACAACAACUAUGCCGGGUUCAACUACGGCGGUACUCAGUACAAUACGGGACAGGUCACCUACCCGGCCGUAACCAAUGCAACAUAUGCAAAUGCGGCCGCAUAUCAAAAUGCUGCUGUGGCUGCUGGCCAGGGCGGGGGCGGGUAUGCAGCGGCCGGCGCCGGCGCUGGUGCUGCGGGCUAUGGUGGCUAUGGUGACUACCGGAGUGCCAUGCAAUCGUACGACGCCACCAAAACAUUCUAUCAGCAAGCGCCGGCCAGCUACAGCACGGCCUCAGCGGCAGCAGCAGCCGCAGCAGUUAGCAAGACACAUUACUCGGCGCCGCCCGUUAAAAAUCCCAACUCUGCACAAAAGGGCAUGGGCAAAAUAGACAAAUCGAAUGGUGGAGCCAAGCCACCACCAAAUGUGGCGGGUGGCAAUAAUUAUAGCGGCUAUGAUACGGCGCUCUACAAUGCGGCCAGCAUGUAUGUGGCCCAGCAGCAUCCAGGGCAGAAGCCAAACGGCGGCGGUAAUAGCUGGUAUCAGCGCAAGAUGGGACCCACGAUUCCCGGCGCUGUUGCUUUACGGGGCUUGCGUCCAAAGGCUCCUCCGCGCCCACAGCAGCUGCACUAUUGUGAGGUGUGCAAAAUCUCUUGUGCCGGCCCCCAAACGUACCGCGAACAUUUGGAAGGCCAGAAGCACAAGAAGCGUGAGGCAUCGCUUAAAAUGCAGGCAAGCGCCACCAACAGCGCCCAGAACCGUGGCAACAACUAUCACUGCGAACUUUGUGAUGUCACCUGCACUGGCACUGAUGCCUAUGCGGCUCAUGUGCGUGGCGCCAAACACCAGAAAGUGGUCAAGCUGCAUCAGAAGCUGGGCAAACCCAUACCAUCCGAGGAGCCGAAAAAAAUGGGCAAGAUAAACUUUGUGCCCGCCGCCGGGCCAAAUGCGUCGGCUGCUGCAGCCGCAGCAGGCAAGUCUGAUCAAACCGAAACUGCGGCAACCGCCGGUGGUGAUGCAGCAGCAGCAGCUGAUAACAUUGAUGACAAUCUGGACGAUUCGAUGGGCGAGAAUACGGACAACAUUAAGCCCGUCGGUGGCGAGUAUAUUGAGGAAGUCAAGGACGAUGAGGGCAAGAUACUUAGCUUUAACUGUAAGCUAUGCGACUGCAAGUUCAACGAUCCGAAUGCCAAAGAGAUGCACAUGAAAGGACGUCGCCAUCGCUUGCAAUACAAGCGCAAAGUCCAGCCAGAUUUGGUUGUUGACUUUAAGCCGACACCACGUCAGCGUCGUCUGGCCGAGGCUCGUGCGCAGCGUGCACUCAUGUCCUCGCACCGUGGCGAUGAUCACGAGGCGGGAAACUAUUGGGACGAACAGCGCAAUCGUCAAUACAAUGAAGAGUAUGACUACAAUAAUUGGAUGUCACGCAGCUUUGGAGGCGCUCAGCGCUUUGGACGCAUGGGCAAUGGACCGCCGCCACACUUUGGCAUGAUGCCUGGCGGCGGAAACGUGCGUCGUCCGGAAAGCACCGACGAUCGCCACGCCAUUGCGCGUCAUGCCGAAAUCUAUCCCAAGGAGGAAGAACUCCAGACUAUACAGCGCAUUGUGUCUCACACAGAGCGUGCACUUAAACUCGUCUCGGAUGCAUUGGCCGAGCUUCCAACUCCUGCUGCUGCAGUCAGUGAGAGUGGACCGGCCGCCAAGAAGGAGAAGGCUGAUAAGCCCUCGGAAAAGGAUGGGCGCGAUAACCAGAUAUUCUCAUUCCACAAGGACGCCGACAAUGGCGGAAAUGUGGUACGCAUCUUGAAGGGCGUCAUGCGUGUCGGUUACUUGGCCAAGGGACUCUUGCUUCACGGCGACACAGCUGUCGAGCUAGUCGUCCUCUGUGCGGAAAAGCCAACGACAAGUCUGUUGCAGCGUGUGACCAAUGUGCUGCCCGACAAGCUCAAGGAGGUUGCAGGUGACACACAGGUCAACUAUCGCGUCGAGGUGAAUGCCGAAGAGGCUGCCGUAAUAGUGCUCGAUGAAGUGGUCGCGGUUAAGAUAACACUCACAUCACCUUUGCUGCGCGAAUCAUGCGAGGGUGUCGGUAAGCCGGAGGAUGCUGCAUCGUCUUCGACAGCUGCCGAAACUGACUUUUUGCCACGCGAGCCGUGUCUGCGGGCACUGGCCGAUUUGCGCCACGCCAAAUGGUUCCAGGCACGUGCAACCGGAUUGCAAUCGUGCGUAAUGGUUAUUCGCAUAUUACGUGAUCUUUGCCAGCGUGUUUCUUCGUGGCAGUCACUGCCACAAUGGUCGCUGGAGUUGCUCGUGGAGAAAGUUAUUUCAUCGGCUGGCUUUCCCAUCUCACCCGGCGACUGCUUGCGUCGCAUUAUGGAGGCUUUGUCUUCGGGCUUUUUGAUCAAUGGGCCUGGCUUGCUGGAUCCGUGUGAAAAGGAUCCAACCGAUGCUCUGCAACAACUCACCAAGCAGGAGCGCGAAGAUCUCACUGUCUCGUCACAGUUAUUCCUGCGUUACAUUGCUUUCCGUCAGAUGUUUAAAGUACUUGGCAUGGAUCAGCUGCCGGCCAUGAAAUAUCCAAUGCGCCCAUGGCGCAUCAAUCGCAAACGACGUCGCUCAUCAGGCAAGGCUGGAGCAUCCGGUACCGACGCGGAUCCCGCCGACAUCGAAGAGACUGGUUCCGAUGAGAAGGUGGCCAAGAAGGAUACAACCCCAACAGCUCCCGCUACGGCAUAAGUGCUAAGCAAUUCAUCAAUAGGAAUAUGUAGCUGUCAACAAAUAUGAAUAACAGUUUUUUUCUCAAUCUAAUUGCGUUACAAAAUACGAUCAAUAACUAUAACAAUUUCCAUUCACACUAAUUAAAUUUGGGCACUCAUUAAUUGUUGUGUCCAGCAUAUUGCCCAAUUUGAAAGCAACAGCAUUAAAUAGUAUCCCUCAACUAACAAUAUUUAACACAAUAAUUAAAGGCAUCUUUCUAUACUAUGUA